AUGAGAAAACUAGUAAAGUUAUUAGAUGUUAUCAGGUUUUUUACCGUAAUUUUUUUAAUAUGUAUGAUCAAAGUUUUUGGACAUUUAGAGAGACCAGAGAGAAAGUUACAGUAUGCAAGAGAACAAGUUUCAACUAUUCCAGACGAUUAUUUGGAAUUAGGAAUCCCUAAUAUGGAUUAUGGUAUUGAAAACCAAGAUCUGAGAAGAAUUAUAUAUUCUUUGAAUAGGGGGUCAUUGAGGAAUUUUCCGACAUUAAAUGAGGUGUCAAUCAUUAUGGAUAAUUUAUUAUUGCAGUUUGGAACUAAUUUUAUAAAAAAGCAUAAGAUAGGAACAAGUUUUGAAGGGAGGCCAAUUGAGGCAUAUAGAAUUGGAUUCUUUGGCAAGAAUAAUGAUUUAGACUCAGAAAGUUCGUAUCCCAAUAUUAAGCCCGGUAAUAAGCCUGCAUUUUUACUGACAUCUAUGCAUCAUUCAAGAGAACCUGCAAGUUUAACAACUGGAAUAUAUUUUGUUUCAAAACUAUUGGAAGAUGCAGUUUACAAACAGGACCCUGCCUCUUACUUUUUACUUUCAAACAUUGAUGUUUGGUAUGUGCCAUUUGUGAAUCCAGAUGGAUAUGCUGCAAUUGAACGAACACGAAAUUAUGGAAUUAGAAAGAAUCAAAGGAAAACAUGUAAUUCUGGCAGACCAGAUGAGGAGGGAGUUGAUAUUAACCGUAACUAUGAUUUCAAAUUUGAUAAUUCUCUGAUUUCUAAAUGUGACCCACAAGAGUAUCCCGGAGAACAUCCGUUUUCUGAACCUGAAACGAGGGCUAUAAGAGAUCUUGUAAACAAUGUAAAAACCUUUGUUACUGCAGUUAACUUACAUACAUUUGGCGAUUUGUGGACUAUACCUUGGAAUUGUUGCAAAAAAAAAGACUUAGAUGAGAAUAUUGCAAAAAUAUAUAAUGAACUUAAGUAUGAAAUUCUAAUAUCAUCUCCCUCAUGUAUUAUAAGAACCUUGAUGUAUACGAAAGGUCCAUUUUUUAUUAAUUCAGUUAAAAAGGGAUUUAAUUCAACAUUUUUCACAAAUUCUAGAAAUGAGUUUGAAAAUGCUUCCAAAUAUUGUUUCUCACCAGCAGCAAGGAACCCUACUAUGGAUUAUGAAGCUUCAGGAGAAGCAGAUGAUUAUUUACUUGGAGUUCAUAAUAUCAUUUCACUUUCUCCAGAAAUUGGUUCUGACUACUAUGGGUUUUAUCCUCCUCAGAGUGAAAUUUUCCCAAUUGCAAAAAAAUAUUAUCCUCAAAUCCUGGCAGUAGCAUCAAAAUCCACUCUUGAGCUAAGUAUUUCCUCUAAAAUAUUCUUAUAUAAUGAUGCAGAAAUUCGACGUGGAAAAUUCGAAUUUUCACUAUUCAAUAGUGGAUUAUCUUCUAUUUGUUCCAAAAAUAACACUCAGACUUUUCAGAGUAAUUCCAAGAAAAAUUAUGAAUGUUACUCAAUCUUUACUUGGGAGUUAAUUUCAUCUAAUUGUAAUCAGGUUUCUAAUUUUGAUCCUGGAAAUACACAAUUUGGUGAAUAUUCUGCUGGUUUCAGAUACAGAUCUUUAAAUUUGAAAGAUUGGGACCAAAAUGUUAACACAGCAGAUGAAUGUAAUACACAGCAAUUACUAAUAUCAGUAAACAAGCAAAACAAGAAAGGAAAUAGCAAAGAUGAAUUUAAAUUUAUUAGAGGAUUUGCCUUUGAUGGCUCUGUUGAACCAAGAUCUAAUCGGGGCUUUAGGGUAAAUUUCAAAUACAAGAAUUCAUUAAAUGCUGUAACAUCUAACUCUAAGUCUGGCACUAAUAUUAUAAUCCACACUUGUGUUGCAAAUAUCAACAAUAAACACACAGAUGGAAUUUGUCAAUGUGGAUUUAUUAAGUUCUCUAAUAACAAUUUCAAUUCAAAUACCGCCUUAACAGUGCACUCAACGAAUUCCGAUCACCUAUGUAAUCAACUAUAUACUAGUAAAAAUGAGUUUUCACCAUAUUCAGAAAUACGCGAUCAGGAGCCAGAAAAACACUCUUUAAACAAACAGAAUAUCAUCUUCCUUAAGAAUGAUCAAGCUGAUUCAGGAAGAGAUCUAACAUAUUUAUCAAUUUGCAUAAUUUCAGUCACUAUUGUUACCGUCAUAUCUAUAUUAUAUUCUAUUACUUAUAAGAAAUAUUACACUGAAGGUACAGAAACAAUUAAUAACAACCAUGUUCCAGUUGCUAGUGAAAUAUUUUCUAAAACUUAG